AUGGCUAUCGCACGGUUGAAACAGGUCUACCGGUCAUGCCUCUUCCAGAUCAUCAUCGUCGGACUUGUAGCGUUCUGCGAGCCUGGUAUCUGGACGGCACUGAACAACCUCGGCGCUGGAGGUAAUGCGAAGCCUUUCUUGAACAAUGCCGCCAACGCCCUCACGUACGGCCUCAUGUCCGUAGGCUGUUUCAUAGCCGGAGGCGUCACGAACAAGCUCACGGCCAAAUGGACUCUGUUCAUCGGAGCAGCCUUCUACACACCCUACGCCGCCGGGUUGUACUGCAACAACCGCUACGGCAACGAGUGGUUCCUCUUGCUCGGCGCCGGUCUCUGCGGUAUCGGAGCGUCCCUCCUGUGGGCGAGUGAGGCGGCCAUCGCUGUCGGAUACCCAGAAGCGGAAAAGAGAGGCCGAUAUGUCGGAAUUUGGAUGGGCAUCCGCCAAAUGGGACCCCUCGUCGGCGGCGCCAUCUCCUUGGCGCUGAACAUCAAGACGUCCGAGAAGGGCAAGGUCACAUACACGACCUACCUCGGACUCGUCGCCAUAUCGUCACUGGGUGCGCCCUUCGCGCUUCUCCUGUCGCAGCCGCAGAAGGUGGUCAGGACCGACGGCACCAAGAUCCCCUACAUGAAGAAGACGAACUUCUCCACCGAGGCGCGCGCGAUCUGGAAACAGCUCAAGAACAAGUACAUGCUGCUGCUGAUCCCCGUCUUCCUCGCCGGCCAAUUCGGGACGACGUACCAAGGGAACUACCUCACAACCUACUUCACCGUCCGCUCCCGCGCCCUGGCCUCCUUCCUCACAGCCGUGGUCGGCGCCGCCGCCAACAUCCUCACCGGCGCGAUCCUCGACAUCAAAACCGUCUCGCGCUCCGCCAAGUCCAAGGCCGUCUACCUCCUCAUCCUCGUCUUCGUCACGGCCGCCUGGACCUGGAACGCCGUCAUCGAGACGACGCUCUCGCGCAUGGCGGACCCGCCCUCGUUCGACAUCGGCGACGGCCAUUUCUUCAACUCGGCCUUCACCGUCUACAUGUUCUUCAAGUUCUUCUACGAGAUGCUGCAGACGUACAUCUACUGGCUCAUGGCCGAGAUCAAGGGCGCGCAGGGCGACGGCGACAUCGCGCGCACGACGGGCAUCCUCAGGUCCUGGGAGUCCAUCGGGAGCACCAUCGCGUACGCGGUGGGCGCGACCCACUGGCCGAACAGGAACCAGAUGAUACUGGGCUUCUCGCUGUGGGCCGUCACGAUCCCGUUUACGUUGCUUGCGGUGUUUGGGAACUGGAAUCAGGGGGGCGAUGACGUUUUGGAGAACUCGGAUGAGACUGAGAGCGAUGUUGGGGUUGAGAGGGUGGCGGUUCAGGGGAAGACGCAGGAUGUAUGA